AUGGCCUUUCGUUUACUUUUUCGAGGCUACACGAGUACAGGCGCCUUUAGGCCUGGAUUUCAUCACAGGUUUGUGGAACGUUACGUUGCCAAUGGCCGAUUUGGGUCCAUACACAGAGGCUUCUCCUCCCAUUCGGAGGCUCAGAGACUCAAACUGCCGAGGCGUGGCCUCGAUAUAGCGGUGCCUGGAAGGGAACGGAGCGUUGGAAGGUGGCUCUUGUCCUGCGCUGGGCUCACUGCCGGGGUUAUGACCAUUGGAGCCUACGUCAGACUCAAUGAAAGUGGCCUCUCGAUGCUGGACUGGAAGUUUCUGGGACUCCCGCUGCCUUCCACCGAACAAGAGUGGAACAAACACUUUGAUCGCUACAAGGAAACACCAGAGUACAAGAGCGUGCAUUACGACAUUACGCUCGAGGAGUACAAGAACAUCUUUGUAAACGAGUGGGUACACAGGAUGGCUGGAAGGAUCUCUGGAGCUGUCUUUGCCGGAGGAUUCGUCUACUUCACCCUCACCAAGGCCCUGAAACCAGCUGGUAAAGUUCUAGCCGCAGCAAUUGGUGCGUUGGGAGUUUCCCAGGCAUUCAUCGGCAAGUGGAUGGUGGCUAGUGGCUUUGAGGAGCCAACAACUGAAAACAAGACCCCUAGAGUAUCUCCCUACAGGCUCACUCUGCACUUUUUAGAUGCGCUUGGAAUCUACUCGUUAUGUCUUUGGAACGGAUUGAAUUUACUAUCAAAACCAGAGGUGUUAGAAAAAGUGGGAAAUGUCGCCAAGGUUAAGGGGUGGAUGAGAAGAACCGCAAUUUUUGCGCUCUUUACUAUGGCGUACGGAACACUUGUCGCCGGAAAUGAUGCUGGGUUGGCAUGCAAUACCUGGCCAAAGAUGAUGAAUAAAUACAUUCCGGAUGAAAUUGCCAAUAUUGAAUCCAAAAGGCAGUGGUUUGAAAACGGAAUGAUCGUACAGUUUGUGCACCGUUGCAUGUCCUAUCUCACGUUUGCAUCCGCUCUCUGUGCACUAACUUCAGCAAAAUCUGGAGUUCCAGUCGUUGCAAAAAAGGCAGCCAUGGGGGUUUUCCAUGCAUCAAUGCUCCAAAUCGCACUCGGAAUCAUCACUGUCGUAAACCAGGUUCCUCUACACGGCGCUCUAUCGCAUCAUGCAAAUGCUCUUAUACUCUGGAGUAUCUUGCUCAACGCAUUACGUAAAUUUUAA